AUGUUUAGUCUUUCGCAGAGUAGCGCAGGUACUAGUAGCAGUUCUGGGGGUGCCAGUGAUCUCCAGACUGUGCUCAGUCCGAGCAGCUCCGGAUCCCACUCUCACGAUGAAACCGACCCAGAAGAAAUGAGCGACCCUCCGAGAAAGCGUCUGCGUAGGAUCGCAGGACUAAACAACGUCAAACGCAUACGCGGCUUUUUAGCGGGGAUCGUAAACGUACCAAUGGACAUAUUUGCUCAAUUUGCAUUCAAGUUGACUGGAUACUUGAACCGUGUGGAAGAAGAGAGAGAAGAGAGGGUCGAGGAACUGAAGAGGAGGAGAUUUGUUGCCAUAAAGGCACACCUGAUGAGGGAUGGAUGGGAAGAAGCGGAUUGUGAGGUCGAUUUUGAAGGGGAGGAGGCGUACGAAAUGCUCCAAAAAGAUUGGGAUAGACUAGUAAACCAGCCGAAACCCCUUACUAUCAGAAGUUGGGAGAGCAUCAAGUUGAAAGUAACACGCAUUGCAGAGAUCUAUAGGGAAUUCCGUCUUGAGGCCGAAAGGACUUACCGCGGUAUGGAACGUCGACUAAAGUUAGGCGAACUUGUCACUGCGAUCGACACUGAGGAACCUCAGAUCAUCGAACUGGCCCCUGAACAUGACCACUCCUCCGAUCAGUCGGAAUCCCUCACUAUCCCAUUUCCAAAUUGGACUCGUGCACUCAACCUAUGGACUCUCCGCCAAAUCGCGGAGGAAGACAUCUCGGGUCUUGUCGCCGAGCAAAGAUUCAUGUCUCGGAGGGGGAUGAUUGUACAGGAGUUAAGGAAUUGGCAACGUUCACUGGCUGCGUGUCUUGUGAGGAAGUUGGAAACUCGUGAUCACUUUGGCCUGGGUGACUUGCUUGUAUGUCGCAUGCCAUUUAUGCCUGGUCUACGACGUACACAUCCUCCCGAACCUGUGGAGCUAUCCACCGCAUUUACCGCCGACUCUAGCCAGUAUAUAUUGGACAAUGAUAUUCGCACACUUCUCCGGGCCGAUAGCGUAUUCGAGUUUUAUGAUUAUCCAACAUGCUACUACUUCCCCGAAAUUGUAGCAAUCGUCCGAGACAAACUUUUACCGCCGCCGUCCUACAUUCCUGCCAGAUAUUCCGAAGAUGACCGUGACGACAUCUACAGCACCAACCCUAUGGGCCUUCAUGGAGUGGGCGCUCAUAGGCUCGGACGAAGAGCCGCUAGGGGUCUACUUGCAUCUUUAGGUAAACAGAACGCAGCGUAUCUAGAAAUGAGCGGCUAUGGAAGACGAUUUGUAUGUGGAAGGUGCUGGGUCAAGACACCCAUGACGUGGAUUGAAAUGGUUACGCAUUACGCGCGGAAUGUAACCUAUAAUUGGAACUUCCCAAUUACCUGUUCCUUGCGAGCCGAGGGUAUCGAAUGUAAAGAAGAACAUGGUGGGUUCAAGAGCAAUGUCAUCGGGACGCGAAACAAGACUCGUGCCGAUGAGCAAUCAGAGUUCCAAGUCACUACCCGUCCGCUCGUGAGGCUGUUAUCUAUCGACGAACUCAAUUCCUUGGAGAGCGAGCCACUGUCGACGCAGUUUACAUGUGGGGUUUGCGAUCAGGUUGCGGACUUGCAUAACGGCCAAGGGCUUGACGGGAAGCCCAUUCCGCGGCCCAAAGGUUCACGGGAGGUAAUGAUUGAGCACUUGCUAGACGUGCAUAAUGUCACCCAGGACAUGCAUCAGUUCAAAUUGAAUGAGUGCACAGGUUUGGACAACGCGGGCAAGACUACCAUAUUAAAACGGCUGAAAGGACAGGAUGUCAUGUCGACCAGUCCCACACUUGGCUUCGAGAUUUCUACAAUAACAUACGGAAAGUAUCUCUUGAACAUUUGGGAUGUUGGUGGCCAAAGAACCCUUAGACCGUACUGGCGCAAUUACUUUGAACAAACUGAUGUGCUUGUCUGGGUCGUGGACUCUGGCGACCGUUUGCGGAUCGAAGAUUGCCGUGAAGAGCUACACGCUUUGUUGCAAGAACAAAGGUUGGCUGGUGCAUCUCUAUUGGUCUUUGCGAACAAGCAGGAUAUCACUGGGUCGAUGUCUGAUGAAGAAAUAAAAGAGGCGUGGAUUGCUCUUGAGGAGAAGGGUAUCCCAUAUUUGUAUCAAGAAGAGAAUCCGUAUAAAAAGGACGUCAAGUUUUUAGAGAAAUUUCCGAAGGGAUUAGUACCAGGAGUUCUGUACAAAGGAAAUCCUAUAGCAGAAUCGCUCGUGAUACUUGAGUUCCUUGAAGAUGCUUACCCACAAGUUCCAUUGCUUCCAACCGACCCAUACUCCCGAGCUCAAGUCCGAUACACUGUUGAUAGUGUGACCAAAUCUGUUUUGCCCCCAUUUUACAGAUUGCUUCAAGCGCAAGAAGAAGAUAAAAGGGAUGAGGCGCGUCAAGAUCUGUACAAGGGCCUUCAGAAGUUUACCGAAGGGAUAACUGGCCCUUUCUGGGCCGGAGAGCAGUUCACACAUGCGGACAUUGCGCUACUCCCUUUCAUUGUCCGAUUGCCAAUACUGGAAGCCCACCGAAGCUUCAAGAGAACCGAAGUCGGGCAUGGAUUUGAAGCGUAUGCGGAACGUGUUGUGAAUAUUCCAUCUGUCCAACGCACGCUCUCAGAUGCAGAAAGAUAUGAGGAGGUGUAUGACCGCUACCUGAGAAACGAAACACAAUCAGAAGUAGCGAAAAGCACCAGAGCAGGUCGUAUUCUUCCGUAG